CGUGAACAGCAGGAGGAAUAUCCAAUAUGGAGAAGCCAACAAUGCACAUGCUUACCGUUGAGGAGAAAGGCGGGAAAACCAAUAAGACAAACCAAUAUAUCGCAGCAAUCGCAGCGGCCAUUGGUGCCGUGAUAGCUGGAACAAUCCUCGGUUGGACAUCACCGGCUCUUCCACAGUUGGAGCCGCUAAAGCAGAACACAACAGCACAAAAUGGCACAAAUGUCAAUAUCGUUAAUAACACGCUAAUCAAUUCUGUGGGGCAGGAAGCUGACUUUCUAUUAAACACUAAAGAAAGUUCCCUUGUGUCAUCAAUAUCAGCAAUUGGCGCUCUAAUCAGUGCGUUGCCAGUGGGCUUGCUAGCUCAGAAGGCAGGCAGACGUCCUACGAUACUCAUCUUGUCAAUUCCGUUCUUGCUCAGUUGGCUCUUAAUCAUAUUCGCUCAGGGUGCCACAAUGCUUAUCAUUGGCAGAUUCAUCGCAGGGCUUGGCACUGGUGGCAUAUGUGUUGCGGCUCCGAUGUAUAUCGGUGAGAUAGCAGAGACCGCCAUAAGAGGAACACUGGGGGCCUUCUUUCAACUGUUCCUGACUAUUGGAAUUUUGUUUACCUUUAUAGUUGGUGGCUGGACCCAUUGGCGCACCCUUUCUAUUGUAUCUGCUGCUCUGCCCCCACUGCUAGUCAUUGUGUUCUGGUGGAUGCCAGAAACUCCUCAAUAUUUGCUUGGUAAAAAUCGGAGACGUGAUGCUGAAAAAUCACUCCGUUGGUUGCGAGGACCAGAUGCUGAUCUCAGUGACGAACUUGAAGAUAUGCAGAAUGAGGUCGACGCCGCUUCAUUACAACGCGCUGGCAUCCUGAGUAUAUUUUCACAUCGAAACACACGCAUGGCCUUCAUAUGUUCUCUCGGCCUCAUGUUCUUCCAACAGUUCAGUGGUAUCAACGCCGUCAUCUUUUACACCAACAACAUCUUCCAAUCUGCUGGUUCCAACAUCCAACCUGUCAUCGCCACCAUUAUUGUUGGCGUUGUCCAAACAAUAGCCACUUACAUUUCCUCCUUACUAAUAGAAAAGGCUGGCAGAAGAAUACUUCUGCUGCAAAGCGCUGCUAUCAUGGGGAUCACUCUUAUUAUCUUAGGAGUAUAUUUCAAGCUUCAAGAUAGUGGCCACAACGUUUCAUCAUUCGGGUGGCUGCCAUUGGUUUGCUUGAUUCUUUUCAUAACAUCCUUCUCUUUAGGAUUCGGACCAAUACCCUGGAUGAUGAUGGGGGAACUGUUCACAGUAGAAUAUAGAAGUGCUGCAACGAGUAUAUCGGUUGUAGUAAAUUGGUUUUUAGUAUUCAUUGUAACCUUAUGUUUUCCAUUGAUGAGAGACGCCGUAGGUAUAUAUAGUUGUUUCUGGUUUUUCUCAGGUUUCAUGGUUGUAUGCGUCUUCUUUGUAUUCUUCUUAAUACCAGAAACAAAAGGCAAAACUGUAUCACAGAUUCAAGCUAUUCUCGCCGGUAAAAAUUCAUAAUGAU